GUGAACGUGAACCAACAAGAGUGUGUUGGCUUCCUGACGUACUGGCGUCGUAACUUAGCCAUCGCACUGGACGAUUGAUCACUGAUCACGGUGUCCAUUCACGUCCGUCAAAAGAGUCCAUUUAAUGGAGCAUGUGAGUGCCGAAAAAGGAGUAAACGCGUUGGGUACGUCGUAAAGGAGUGGGUGUGACGGGGGGUUAAUUUAAAAAACGUGGGUGUGGGCUGUGUACGUGGGAGGAAAAAAAUACUUGUUUAAAAGUGCCAGAACGUGCCAGGAAGAAUUAUAAUAAUAAUUAACAUCAUUAUCAUCAUCAGCCAAUACUUUACCCAAUCAACGUCUGCGUGAUAAUGCUCAGGUACUUAUUGUCACCCACGGGCUACCUGAUGUCCACUAAAAUAAUCAUUUUUUAUUCACGGUAACGAUUAAUUAUUAUUUUAAACGACCAAGCUUUUACUUCAAUUAAUAAUUCGCUGACUGGACACCCAACUUAUCAACAAACCAAGUUGGAGUAUUAAUUUUUUUGCUGAUUAUUGCGAAACUAAAUAAAUAAUAUAACAUGGCCACGAUUACUGACGAUCGAGUGACGGAUUUACGAGCGGAAAUUGAAAGACUUUCACGUGAGCUUGACCUUGCAUCGACCGAAAAAAUUCAAUCAGCACAAUAUGGUCUUGCUCUUUUGGAAGAAAAGUCUGCGUUGGAACAAAAAUGUAACGAGCUCGAGGCACUCUACGAGAACACAAAACACGAGCUCGAUAUCACUCAAGAGGCUCUAGCUAAAUUUCAAACGACGACAAAAUUGACAACCAGGAGUGGGAUUGAACAAGAAGAGAGUCUUCUCUGCGAAUCAGCGGCACGUGAAACGUCACUACAGACGUUGAUAAUUGAAUUAGAGAAUGAAACAAAACAGUUGAGGCAUGAGUUGGAACGUGUGCAAGUAGAACGCGAUCAUGCCUUGCAGGAACGUGAAGAUGUGGGUAAACAUCAUCAGCAAGCUGAAGGAGAACGAAAGAAUCUACGCACUGAAUUACGCGAGUGCAGAUUUAGAGAGGCGAGAUUGCUUCAGGACUACACAGAACUGGAAGAUGAAAAUAUUUCUCUGCAGAAACAAGUAUCGACAUUGAGAUCGAGUCAAGUUGAAUUUGAAAGCGCGAAACAUGAGAUCCGUAGAUUGAGCGAAGAAGUUGAGCUGCUCAAUAGCCAAGUCGAGGAGUUGUCCAAUUUAAAAAAAAUAGCUGAGAAGCAGAUGGAAGAGGCACUGGAAUCACUCCAAGCCGAGCGGGAAGCUAAAUAUUCGCUGAAAAAAGAGUUAGACCAACGUAUGAACAGCGAGUCUAUUUUUAAUUUGAGUAAUUUUGCUCUCAUACGCGGAAUAACUGAUGAUCAGACGAUAUGCAGUGACGGGGAAGAUGAUUCCCCUGCGUUGAGGAGGAUCGAGGCUGACUUGAAGACUCAGGAACCCGGGACAUCUGCUGCCAGUAAACAAGUCGAUUUAUUUUCGGAAAUUCACUUAAAUGAGCUCAAAAAAUUGGAGAAACAACUGGAGCUAGCAGAGUCGGAAAAAAGCGUCCUCUCUCAAAAUUUAAAAGAUAGUCAGCAUGCCGUUGAAAAGAGUCAAGGGGAAUUGCAGUCGUUUGUUGCUAGAAUUGUUCAAUUAGCGGCUCGCGUUCAGUCGCUCCAGCAUUUGCACUCUAAACUUCCGGAAAAACAAACUGAAGAAACGGCUAUUGAUAAACUCACUCAGGCUGUUAUGCAGUACCAUCAAUGGAGUACAAUGUCUGCACGAGAAGUUGAACAGUUGCAGAAGGAUUUAGCUGAGCUUGAAGAUAAUUUGACUGUUUCCGAUGCAACACAGCAGCUAAGAAUGGAGUUAACAAACCUCCGUAACAAGAUACCGGUGUCAGAGAAGUGUCUUCAGGAAAAGCUACUGGAUACUGAGCACCGGAAUUCUCAGCUCGAGUCAGACAUCGAAAUUCUUUCAAAACUCGCUUGUGAAGCUGGAGGUUGUUUAGAUACUGCUCAAAAUGAUCUUCAAAAUAUUUCGGACGAGUUGGCGCAACUUUAUCACCACGUGUGCGCGGUCAAUGGUGAGACACCGUCGCGCGUAAUUCUCGAUCAUGAGAAAAUUGUUCCUGAGAAAGAAGAGAGUGAGGAUAAUGGUAAAAUUGAAUGGUUUAGAACACUUUCCAAGACAGAUUUACCGAUCAAAGACCUCAAGAGUCUUAGCAAAGCUAAGGAAAUCGGCAAACAUAUUGAGACCGCGAUGGAUCAAAUAAAACAUCUGAGGAAUGCCGUCGAACAUACCAUUGACAUGUCCAAAUUAAAAGGAAACCAAACUGACAAUUCCGGCAAUGAAAACAAAGCAGACGAAGGAGAUCUACAGGAACAGGUGAUAAAACUCAAGGCGUUAUUAUCAGCAAAACGAGAACAAAUAGCCACUUUGAGAACAGUACUAAAAUCAAAUAAAAAUACCGCUGAAGUUGCGCUGACCAAUUUGAAGAGCAAGUACGAAAGUGAAAAGAGUAUUGUCAGCGAAACUAUUUCAAAACUAAGAAACGAACUUAGACGACUAAAGGAAAACGCAGCGACAUUUUCAAGUCUACGUGCAAUGUUCGCUGCACGAUGCGAGGAAUAUGUUACACAAGUUGAGGAAUUGCAAAGGCAACUGGCUGCUGCUGAGGAGGACAGGAAAACGCUCAAUCAUUUGCUACGUCUUGCUGUCCAACAAAAACUAGGACUUACUAUGAAGUUAGAGGAAUUGGAGGUCGAUCGUGAAUUAAGAAAUACUCGUAGACAUGGUGGCAGUGGCGGUGGUGGACGUGGUCGUGCUCCUCGCAUGCAACAGACACACCGUCCUCACAUGGGUAGAGAUUUUUUCUAGAAAAUGGUUAAGAUAUGGAGCAAAGUUUUCUGAGUGAUGAUUAUUAUUUUUUGUCAAUACUGUCGUGUUUAUUACUAUUAUUUUAUAUAUUUAUUUUAUUUUUUAACUUUUUUUGGGUACAUGGAAUUUAAUCGUGUUGAUUAAAUUUAUAAAAUAUACAAUUGUUAUUCAGUCACUAGGAAUUUUAAUUGAACGUAUCACGUGCGAGAUAUCGGGGUAUUAUUUUUGACAGAUAAAAUUUGAAUUUUUUUACAAUUCAAAUAUUUUUUACGUUAAAAAUAUUUUUAUUCAUUUUCAAUAUUCGGUCAUUGAACUUUUUAUUUUUUUAUUUUACACUGAAGCUUAUUAAUAAGAAAAUUUUUUUCGGAGAAAUUUUUUACUUUUUCUUCAAUAAUUUUUAAUGAAUUUUAAAUUCAAAUGAGAAAUUUUUUAAAAUUUUAUUUAGGGUCAAGUAACCAACUGAUCCCUCAAUAUCCAAUUUCUUUAUAUAUUUUUAUUUAUAAAUAAAAUAAGAUUAAAAAUUAUUAAUUUAAUGACUUAUUAAAUGAUUUAUUUUAAAUUUUUAUUUAAACUGAAAGUCAGAGAAAAUUAAUUACUGCUGGUGACGACUAAUCUAAAAAAUUGAGAAAUUUUAUUUUUAUCACAGUGAAAUUUCUUUAUUUUUUGACAUGAUAUUUAAAUAUAAGUAUCAAAUUAAAGUUUAAUGACUACAUAAUCAAUAAAAAUUUUUAAACAUUUUUCUGACAAAAGUAAUUUUUUAGAAGACUAGUUCUUAAAGUAACGGUAACUGGAAAUUGGGUAUUUUAUUCUAGUAAAAUUUGUUAUGCAAAAAUUUUUUUAGAGACACAAAUUUAUACAAUUUGUAUAAAUGAAUUUAAAGUCAAUAUCAAAUACGUACACAAGUGAUUAAUUGGAAAAAAAUAAAUUGGGAAAAUAAUAAAAAUUUCCAUGUACUCCAAAAAAAAAUGAUAUACCCGAACUUGAUACAAGUCAAAUUGCCUCGGGAAUUGAUGUUACUAUCAAUAACAUUAAUACAAAUGAAAUGAAAAAAUUCACAGAGAUAUUUUACUUAAAAAACAAAACAAAAAAAUUAUAAAAAAAAAAAAAAAAAAAAAAAAAAAAAAGUAAA